UCGCUCGCCCUCUAAUGGAGGCCGGUUUUGGAGGCCGCGCGCCGUCGCUUGCUCGGUUCCCUCUCCCGGAGUCUGGCGCUGCCCGUGCACCAACUUCCUGUCGCUAGGAAGGCCCUGCAGGGGCGGCGACUCCAGCUCAGCUGCUCUUGACGUCGCCUCUCGGCCGCCAUGGCUGAGAAGCAAGCCGACUCAGCCGGAGACCCGGCUCCUGACAGUGUGGUAGCCCCCAAAGCAGGACCCGAGGUGUCCUCGCCUGGGGCCUCCGAGUCCGGGGACUACGACAGCACCUGCGUGUUCUGCCGCAUAGCGGCGGGGAAGGAACCCGACACUGAGCUCUUGCACUGCGAGAAUGAAGACCUAAUUUGCUUCAGAGAUAUCAAACCAGCAGCACUUCAUCAUUAUCUUGUGGUGCCAAAGAAGCAUAUUAGAAGUUGCAAGGAGCUAAACAGAGACCAAAUAGAAAUGGUUGAGAACAUGGUAGCUGUUGGAAAAGCCAUUCUUGAGAGGAAUAAUUUCACUGACUUUACAGAUGUGAGAAUGGGUUUCCAUAUGCCACCAUUCUGUUCCAUUUCUCAUCUGCACCUUCAUGUCAUAGCUCCAGUCAAACAGUUUGGCUUCUUAUCAAAGUUGAUUUAUAGACCAGAUUCUUACUGGUUUGUCACAGUUGAUUAUUGGCUUGAAAAGUUAAGAAAAUAAAAAUGUGAACCAUGGAAAAGCUCCUUAACCUGACUCAUGAUGAGCUAUUAUUUUGCUCUCUUUGAAGUCUAAUUGCAGUCUGAAGGUUUGCUGGGUAUACACAACACUACCACUGAGUAGCCUUACAUUUUUUCUGAAUGUCUAUUUUCUGAGAUCUGUAAUAUAGUUAUGUGAGUACUUUGUCACUGACUUCUUUGUUUUGAUGCUUAGUUAUGUAAGGUUUUAUGCCUAAGAUACUAUAACUAAAAGUUCACUUGAUAAAAAUUCUGCUAACCAGGAUGCAUCCUAUAUUUUUUUUAAAGUUCAGGUUUCAUUUAUUAGUAGUCUUAAUAAUAAUUUAUGAUGAAUAAACUGGCAUAGAAAAUUGAAACCUUUUUACAGUGAAGGAGAAAAAGAAAUUAGCAAUUUUAUGAUAGUUUUAUAGUCUUACACAUAAAUUUUCAAAAUAAAGAAUACCAUGCUACCAAUAGUCUCUGAUUUUAAUGAUAGAAACAUUUAUUUAUGUGUUACUUUUUUAUGGUUUCACACACACACACACACACACACACACACACACACACACACACAUUAUAUUAGAUUUCACUUAUCCUGUGAGUCUCUUAGUGAGUACCUGAAGCCCAGGAUAAUAGCGAACUCCGUAAUGUAUCCUGUGCUUUUCCCUCAUAUGCAUACCUUAGGCGUAGUGAGAGAUUAACAACAGUACUAAUAAAAUAGUGCAGUUAUAACCAUAUAAAAUUAAAAUACUUCAAGUGUUCAUGGCUGUGCUUUGUUGCCAUAUCGAGUUGAAUACAACUGCUAUGGAUGCUGUGACAGUUAAUCUGAUAAUAGGUGGUUACUAUAAGUGGGUAAUACAUAAAACAGUACGGAUGAUUCAUAUCCCAGGUAGGAUAGAGUGUGACGGUGUGAAAUGUCAUUUUCCUGUGCAGAAUUGCAUGUGAUUCUUACGCUUUGUCAUUGAAUAUUUUGUGUUAGCCACAGGUAGCUGACACUAUAAAAGUCAAGUCACAGAAGGUGAUGCUUUAGACAAGAGGCAACCACUUUAAUGUCAUUUUAAAUGACUAUAGUAACCAACAACAUGGUUGUCUUAACAAAAUUUAUGUGUAAUUUUGCCUGUCAGGAGAUUAGAACACAAAUUAGUAAUGUCUGAAAACUGACAGAAACUGUUGUCAUAUGGUGUGCUUUUGUAUCAAAGGGAAAUGAAAGUAGCUAGUGGUUAGACCCAGUCUUGUGGAAAAAAACUUGAUUUAAAAGGAGAAAAGAGAUGUAGAUAAGGAGUUUAUCUUGAUAACAUAGUGCUAAUAUUGGUAUAUCAUUUAGUGAAAUGUGUUUAUUGGGAGUUGCCCUUUAGCAGUAUCUACAGACACAGUAGUGACUGAAGGGAGAUGAGGUGUUGAAAGAUGUUUCUACAUUGUGCCAGUGUCUAAUAGUGUUAUAUAUGCAGCAAGAAAGGAUCAUGAAGACUAAUGAAUUAUAGAAUCAGCUAAGAUUUCUAGUUCAUUGUUUUGGCAUGAUAUUAAGUAAUUUUAGGUAACACACUAUUUAUUACAGUGCUUGUUACAAUAUCUAAAGUCAAGCAUUCUCUACUUAAUUAAAAUUAAUUCAGCAAAUGUUUUUAAUAUUUAAUAAGUGCCAAACACUAUCGGGAUCCAGAACUAAAGAAAUGAUAAAGGUCACCCAAUGCUAUGGGAUGAGGCAAAACUAAUUUACUAGAUUUUAGUGUGUUAAGUGUGAUGAUGUCCAUAGAAGAGGCCAUGAAAGGGAGACUGCUACUGAGAACAGGUAGUGGGCAGACAGCACCUAAUUCAAGACUCAGGGUUAGGCUGUCAAACAAUGGUGGAAAGUUAAGAAGCUUGACUUCUGUUUCCACUACUCAUUUUUACAAUUUGAAUUUUUACAAUUUCAACUUAUUCACUAGAGGUGGAGAAAGGGAUUUGCAUGUAGAGACUAUAGGCUCUCAAAAUUAGAUUUAUAGGUUUUACAGCCUUGCCUUGUGUAAUAGCUUUCUGAUCAUUUACAUCGCUAACAAUUACAAUUUUUUCUAUACCAGUGAAAAUAGGGCAAACUUCAGGAAAGGUACAACCUUUGACUGUUUUACUCUGAACUUGAAGUGAUGUAUUUGACCUCAUGGUGAUAGCACAUGAAAGGCGGUCAAGGGACUUUUCAAAUGCCUUUAGGGACCUUUAAGUAGCAGGUUGAUUGUGUCUGUAUAGGUUUGUAUCCUCUCAUGGGGCAGAGCGGGUAAAGGUGCUUACUUUACCUGUAAGUGAGCUGACAGUAAAACCUGGAGGACUUGUGUUUGAUCUCAGAAUUUUUGUAAAGGUAGAAAAGAAAAGAAAGGAGCCUACAGAGCUGACCUCUGACCUGCACACAUGACCUGUGUGGAUCUGCACACCCAUUUUAAAUGCACACACACACUGAGAUAACAAAAUUAAAAAGUAAAGUCCUUGAAAGAGCAAUUUUAAUGUAUACUUUCUUUACUUGUAAAGGUAAAUAAUCAAAUUACAGUUAAAAAAUCCACUUGACCUUUUUGGUAGCGUUUGGCUACUGGUUACCUAUCAACAACAUCAAUUCAAAGCACAGCAGAUUAAUAAUGUGUCUUAGUCGCUGUUCUGUUGCUAUGACGAGACGCCAUGGCCAAGGCAACUUUUAUAAGAGAAAGCAUUUAGUUGGGGGCCUACAUACAGGGUUAGUCUGUUAUCAGCAUGCAGGCAGCUCUAUUGUAGUAGCUGGGAGCUGCUUCCUGAUAUGUAUGCAGAAAGAGAGACACUGGGCCUGCCAUGGGCCUUUGAAAUUUCAAAGUCCAUUACCUGUGACACAUUUCCUCCAACAAAGCCACACCUACUCCUUCAAGGCCACACUUAAUCCUUCUCAAAUAGUUCCAUUCUUUGGUAACUAAGCAUGCAAAUAGCCUAUGGUGUCCAUUCUUAUUCAAAACAACACAUAACUUGUCUUAAAAAUGUUUAAAAUAAUAUUGACAACAUUACUUAUGCAUGUGAUACUAAUGUGUAAUUAUAAAAUUAUGGUGAAUUAACUAGAAGAAAUGAAAAUAAAAAUGAGGAAGUAAUUUGUCAAA